AUGGCUAUCACCGACAAGUCCCUGCGAGCCGCCCGCAACGAUCUCUACCCGAAGCAAGCGUGGUAUUGCAUCGCACUCUUCAUUUUCAUCAUUGCAGUUUUCCAGUGGUUCUCUUUCCUUCACUCCAAGUUCGCCUCCAGUCGUCAAACCUCCAACGCCUCCGACACAGAACAUGCCUCUGUCAACCGUCGUCACGCUUUUUCUUGGCGUCGCAUUCCGUUAGGACUCGUCAAUGCAUAUCGCGUCAUUUCUUUCCGCUGGACAUUCCAAUUUGGGAAGUCGUACACCCUCAACAUGGCUGAAGUCUUUGUGACAAUUGCAUACAUUGUUUUUCUUUUUGUAUGGACAUUUGUCGACACAACCGACCUUGAAGGACGCGCAUUGGACAUUUCAUACUGGUGCAACCGCUCGGGCUUGCUGGCGUCGAGCCAGUUUCCACUAAUCACUGCACUUGGAACUAAAAACAACAUAGUAUCAUUCAUCACCGGUAUCAGCUAUGACAAGCUCAACUACGUCCAUCGUAUGAUGUCUAGGGUCGCUUUCGUCUUACUCUGGGUCCAUGUAGGCGGUGAAUUUGUUCGACAUGCACCAUUGCAACCAUAUCUCUCGCAGCCGUGGCUCCUAUGGGGCUUGAUUGCCAUGGUCGCAUCUGCAGUUCUAUGCGUCGUCUCCUUGCGCCCCAUACGAGCGCAAUCAUACGAGCUUUUCUUCUACGUUCAUUUUUCUAUGGUUGCAAUCUUUCUCGUCGGUGCUUACAUCCACACACAAGAUUCCGAUGUCGCCUUCUGGAUUUAUCCUUGUUUCAUAAUCUGGGGAUUGGACCGCCUCAUUCGCUCUGUUCGUCUAGUGGUUUUUAACCACUCAUACUUCGGGUUCAAGUCGGGGUCUACGAUGGAUGCGACCGCUGAACUCCUAUCAGAUGAUUUUGUUCGACUGCGUUUCCAUCGCCCGUCUCAUUUCCACUGGACGCCUGGGCAAACUGCCUAUCUUAUCAUGCCGUCCGUUUCAUGCUUGCCAUUCGAGGCCCACCCUUUCACCAUUGCAAGCCUGAAUUCGACCCUUUUCGAUGUGCCCAACGAACGGAAACCAACAAGCGAAAAACGUGCUGCGAUUAGCUUCGCGGAAGGGACUCUUGGUCGUAGUGCUCCGUUCUGGAAAGAACUCGUGUUUUUCAUAAACGUGAGGGAGGGAUUCACUGCACGCUUGAAAGAUGCUGCCUUGAAAGGCGAUAAAGUAAAAGUCUUCGUCGAUGGGCCAUAUGGGCCUUCUCCUAACCUGGGUUCAUAUGACACAUCUGUGCUCGUUGCUGGUGGAUCCGGAGUCUCGUAUACGCUGCCGGUAUUGUUGGAUAUAAUAGAGCGCGUCCGCAUCGGUGAAAGCAGAUGCCGUCGUGUUGUUUUCAUCUGGUCGAUUCGGAAUAUCGAUCAUAUUCACUGGAUCGACGAUGUUCUUAUCCGGGCACUCCGGCUGGCACCUCCUUCUUUAUCCAUCUCAAUCCGCAUUCACGUCACUGGCGCACCAGUAACUAUGGAGACCUUGCCAGCAUCGUAUGGUCGAAAUGAUGACGUCGAGCCUGCGCGCGACGAUUCCCGCUCUGAGGUGGUGGAGUUGCAAGAUGGAAAAGCCACAGAAAUCAGAAAUGACUCUCUUUUCGCCAUAGAUUUCGUCAAGCUUGCUCAUAAAAGGGCCGACCUCCGAGCUAUCCUCAGAGAUGAAGUGGAAGCGGCGACGGGUAGAAUGUCCGUCAGCGUGUGUGGCUCACAGAGCAUAACUCGAUCUGUUCGUGGUGCUCUUCGGUUCCCUGUUUCUAGCCCUCUCAGUGUAGCCAACGGUGGGCCGAGCGUGACUCUACAUAUUGAGUCGUUUGGUUAUGCUUGA